GACGGGCCCGGAAGGAAGUGGCGGGCUGAGGGGUGUGGCGGUUUCUGCGGUUGCGAAGGGGUUCGGACGGGUACGGAGCGCCUGGAGGGACACCUGGAUAAAGGCUCACUGAUGGCUCAGUUGGGAGCAGUUGUGGCUGUGGCUACCAGUUUCUUUUGUGCAGCUCUAUUCUCAGCCGUGCACAAGAUAGAAGAGGGACACAUUGGGGUAUAUUACAGAGGCGGUGCCCUGCUGACUUCCACCAGCGGCCCUGGUUUCCAUCUCAUGCUCCCUUUCAUCACAUCAUAUAAAUCUGUGCAGACCACACUGCAGACAGAUGAGGUGAAGAAUGUACCUUGUGGGACUAGUGGUGGUGUGAUGAUCUACUUUGACAGAAUUGAAGUGGUGAACUUCCUGGUCCCAAGUGCAGUAUAUGAUAUAGUGAAGAACUAUACUGCCGACUAUGACAAGGCCCUCAUCUUCAACAAGAUCCACCAUGAACUGAACCAGUUCUGCAGUGUGCAUACACUUCAGGAGGUCUACAUUGAGCUCUUUGAUCAAAUUGAUGAAAAUCUCAAACUGGCUUUGCAACAGGACCUGACCUCCAUGGCCCCUGGGCUUGUCAUCCAAGCUGUGCGGGUGACAAAGCCCAAUAUACCUGAGGCGAUCCGCAGAAACUACGAGUUGAUGGAAAGUGAGAAGACAAAGCUUCUCAUUGCAGCCCAGAAACAGAAGGUGGUGGAAAAAGAAGCUGAGACAGAGCGGAAGAAGGCCCUCAUUGAGGCAGAAAAGGUGGCUCAGGUUGCAGAAAUCACCUAUGGACAGAAGGUGAUGGAGAAGGAAACUGAGAAGAAGAUUUCAGAAAUUGAAGACGCUGCGUUCCUGGCGCGGGAGAAGGCAAAGGCUGAUGCUGAGUGCUAUACUGCUAUGAAAAUGGCCGAAGCGAAUAAGCUGAAGCUGACCCCUGAAUAUCUGCAGCUGAUGAAGUACAAGGCCAUUGCUUCCAACAGCAAGAUUUACUUUGGCAAAGACAUCCCUAACAUGUUCAUGGACUCUGCAGGCAGUCUAGGCAAGCAGUUUGAGAGCCUAGCUGACAAGCUGAGUUUUGGCUUAGAAGAUGAACCCUUGGAGGCAGAUCCAGAGGAGAAUUGAAAAAAAAUUUUUAUAUAACCUCAGAUGACACUUAAAGAGAUCUUUAUUUUUUAAUGAUGAACCAGGAUGCCCCUCCCUCUCACACUACCUUCUUUGUCUUCCAAGUACUGUGGUGAGAAAAAAAGAAAUGGACUUAAAUCUAUCCCCAUGGGAAGGAAGGGCAGGGAUUGAUGAUUUUGGGAUGUUAUUCAGCUAAGUAGGUUAUAUGACUUCUGUUAAGAUUUGUAAACCACGGGUUUGAACUUUGACCUCCAGGCACUAAUUAUAGUCCUUUGAAGCUGGCUUAAUUAAGGAUGCUAUCAGUCAGGAGUGGGAGAAUAGAGGGUGUUGCCUAUAGGUGAUUUGAUUUCCCUUAUUUGGGAAAACACAGUCCAGAUUCCUCGCCCCUGCCUCCAAGGUAGGAGAUGCCUCUAGGUGAGGCUCACACUGAGCAAAUAUGUGCUGGUAAGUUUGUCAGGAGAGCCGUGGGGAAGCAGCUGCGAGUGCUUGGCUUUCCUGG